AUGGAAGGAAGCCUCUCCCCCAUAUCCCCAGUCAUACGCCCAGGCCUCAGACCACCGACACCCGCAGCAUCCCCAGCUCCCGUCGACCGCAUCCCCCUCUGGCAGGACGCCGAAGACCCAGUCCUCCGCGACACACGGGCGCACUUCGCCGCCCUCAAGUCCAUCGAGCGCCAGCGCUACCUCGCAGAGCUCCUUAACUUAUGUACAUCUUAUGAAUUAGCUUCCGUCGCGGCCUAUGUCUCCCCGCGCCUCAAGAAGGACUUCCUCAAGUGCCUCCCCGUCGAGCUCGCACUCCGCAUCUUGACCUACAUCGACGACCCAAAGACACUCGCACGCUCCGCCCAGGUCUCAAAAUACUGGCAUGCCUUGCUCAACGACGACCUCGCAUGGAAGCGCCUCUGCAGGCUUCAUCGAUACCGCCGCCUCUCGUCCCUGCCCACACCCAGCAUCAAGCGCACACCCACACUCACAGGCGAGAGCCCGUACUUCUCCGCGCCAGAGGGCCUCGGUGUGAUUCCCCUGCAGACCACAACGCGCAUCUCAACGGGCGCAGCAGCGGAUAGGAAGGCCAUCCCCACCUCGUACAAGUCGCACUUCAAGCAGCGCUACAUGAUUGACGCCAACUGGCGGUCCGGCGGCACAACUCUGGCUCGACACAUUACAGAUGACUUUGCAACAGUCACUUGGUCUACGUUGACAGACAACUAUAUCGUGCUUGGCUUGGAUAAUGCCAAAAUCUACGUCUUUGCAAGAGAUGGCCGCUUCCUACGGACACUCAGCGGGCAUGAAUCGGGAGUCUGGACACUCGAUGUCAUUGGCGAUACCCUCGUUUCUGGCGGAUGUGAUAAAGUAUUACGCAGCUGGGAUCUGCCCUCUGGCAAAUGCCUCCGCGUCAUGCGUGGUCAUACAUCCACAGUUCGCUGCAUCGAAAUCGCCAAGGCCAUACCAAGCACGUCCGCCGUGUCUGGUCAACACCUCGUCGUGAGCGGCAGUCGUGAUGCAACCAUCCGUGUCUGGGACUACGAUACCGGCUUGUGCAAGCACGUCCUCAUUGGCCAUACAGAUUCAGUCAGAUGUCUUAAAGUAAGUGGCGACAUGGUCGCUUCCGGCAGCUACGACUUGACGUGCAAGCUAUGGAGUUUGGCAGACGGAUCACUACUGCGCACCUUUUCGGGACACGCCAUGCAAAUCUACUCGAUCGGUUUCAACGGCAGCAUCAUUGCAACCGGUUCGCUCGAUGCCACCAUUCGUGUUUGGUCCGUCAAAACGGGCGAGUGCCUUGGUAAGCUCUCCGGCCAUACAAGCUUGGUUGGGCAGCUACAGAUGCGGCAUCCGUUGCUUGUAACCGGAGGACCAGAUGGGAGUAUUCGUGUAUGGAACCUCGACUCGAUGAAGUGUAUUCACCACCUCGCUGGGCACGACAACUCUGUCACAACCCUACAAUUCGAUGACAAUCGCAUUGUGAGCGGUUCCAGUGACGGCUUGACCAAAGUCUGGGACCUCGAAACGGGUGCACUCGUACGGGAACUCACGGAACAAAGUCAACAAGUCUGGCGUGUUGCUUUCAGCGACGACAUUGCAGUAGUCAUGUGCAUGCGCGAAGACCGCAGCUGUCUCGAAGUCAUUUCCUUCUUCCCUCGCGACCAAGUCGAGCAGCCAGUCAGAGAACUGCGACCGUUGAUGCCAGGGGAUAUGAUUGUCUAA